ACAGUUGACCUUGAAUUUCACAGUAUGGGAUAUUUAGACGACCUAUUUUUUCUUGAACCAGUUUAACCAGUUCCUAAACCAGAACGCACCUGAACCAGUAGACCAGUUAAAAAACAGCAUAUCUAAUUAGAAUUACCGACAUUUUCCUUACAGCACACCUACUGGAAAAUAUGUAAACAUGUUGUUUGCCAUGUUUUAGUCAUUAAUAAAACAGUGAUGGUACUCAGACACUGGUUUGUCACGGAACCUGUACCCUGCUUCAACCCCGUUGAAUGAACCGUCCGCGUCUCCUGUGCUGCACCUGUGCGUCUGUGACUGAGUGAAGAUGGCGGAAUCGGGAGGUAGGGAGUUCGCCUCGGAGCGACCGCAGAACAGCAUGGCUAACAAGAACAGCACUCUGCGCUGCACAUUCUCUGCCCCUGGCCACAGCACCACACUCCUGCAGGGUCUCUCUGCACUACGAGCGCAGGGGCAGCUCCUUGACGUCGUCCUCACCAUCAAUGAGGAGCAGUUCCAGGUCCACAAAGCCGUCCUCGCCUCCUGCAGUGACUAUUUCAGAGCCAUGUUUACUGGGGGGAUGCGAGAGGCUAAUCAAGACGCUAUUGAGCUGAAAGGUGUGUCGGCAAGAGGACUGAAGCACAUCGUUGAUUUUGCGUACAGCGCUGAAGUGACGUUAGACCUGGAUUGCAUCCAGGAUGUGCUGGGGGCAGCCGUGUUCCUGCAGAUGCUGCCAGUUGUUGAGCUCUGCGAGGAGUUCCUGAAAUCGGCUAUGAGCGUGGAGACCUGUUUAAACAUCGGACAAAUGGCUACCACCUUCAGCCUUUCUUCCCUGAAGGAGUCUGUGGAUGCCUUCACUUUCCGGCAUUUCCUCCAGAUUGCCGAGGAGGACGACUUCCUUCACAUUCCACUGGAGAGGCUGGUCUUUUUCCUUCAAAGCAAUAAACUGAAAAACUGCAACGAGAUCAACCUUUUCCAUGCUGCAAUCCGCUGGUUACAGCACGAGGAAUCCAGGCGCUUGAGUGCCAGCCAAGUCCUAUGCCACAUCCGCUUUCCGCUAAUGAAAUCCUCAGAGCUGGUGGACAGUGUCCAGACCGUUGAUAUCAUGGUGGAAGACGUCUUAUGCAGACAGUACCUCUUAGAGGCCUUUAACUACCAGAUCCUGCCUUUCCGCCAGCAUGAGAUGCAGUCACCUCGGACGAUAAUCCGAUCGGAUGUUGUGUCUCUCAUAACGUUCGGUGGCACUCCUUACACAGACAACGACAGGACUGUAAGCAGCAAAGUCUACUAUCUCCCCGACGUAGGUGCCAGGCAGUUUAAAGAGCUGACUGAAAUGGAGACCUGCUGCAGCCACGCGUGUGUUUCCGUUCUGGAUAAUUCCGUCUACGUUGUCGGAGGGCAGCAUUUGCAGUACCGUAGCGGGGAAGGCGCGGUGGACAUUUGUUACCGCUACGAUCCUCACUUGAACCGAUGGCUCCGGAUACAGCCGCUGCAGGAAAGCAGAAUACAGUUCCAGCUGAACAUCUUGCAGGGCCAGCUUUAUGCCACAGGAGGGCGUAAUCGGUCCGGAAGCUUGUCCUCAGUGGAACGCUACUGCCCCAAAAAGAACGAGUGGACAUACGUUGAUUCUCUAAAACGGAGGAUUUGGGGUCACGCUGGCGCAUCCUGUGGGGGGAAGCUGUAUAUUUCCGGUGGAUACGGCGUCUCUGUAGAAGAUAAAAAGACUCUUCAUUGCUACGACCCUGCGGUGGACCAGUGGGAGUUUAAAGCCCCGAUGAAUGAACCGAGAGUACUGCACGCAAUGGUUGGGACCAAUGGCCGGAUCUAUGCACUGGGAGGCAGGAUGGAUCAUGUUGACCGCUGCUUUGAUGUCUUAGCUGUGGAAUAUUACGCUCCCGACACGGAUCAGUGGACUACUGUAAGCCCUAUGCGAGCUGGUCAGUCGGAGGCUGGGUGCUGCUUGUUGGAUAAGAAGAUCUACGUUGUUGGGGGCUACAACUGGCAUUUAAAUAACGUGACGAGCAUUGUACAAGUUUAUAACAGCGAGACAGAUGAAUGGGAACGAGACUUGCAUUUCCCUGAAUCCUUUGCCGGAAUAGCAUGUGUGCCAGUUAUACUCCCACAGAUAACCACUCAGCGAUAACCAUGCCACAGAAACCAGUGAAAUAAUAGCAUGCUAUUUGUUGAUGUAAUAAAUACAGAGGAUGUAUAAACUUAGUAAAGACGCAUUUUGAUAGUGUUUUAAAUUAAUCAGUGUAUAUACAUAUAUAUGUGCGUGUGUCUUAGAAAAUGUAACUUUUUAUAAUUAAAUAUAAUAAAGAGUCUAGGUAUUGUAUUCUGAAA